AUGGAGGAAGAUAUAAUUCAAGAAGAUAAUGUGAUUAAUAAUAUUCUACCCGGGAUAAGUAAUGUUGAGGAGUCGGAGAUUUGUUUAGUGGAGAAGAAUACUACACAACGAGAGGAAGAAAUGCUUGAGGACUCUAGUUCUAGUGUUAGUCGUAAUAAGAGACCGCGGGAGGAGGAUGAGGAAGAAGAGUGGAUAGCGGUAGGAAGAAAUGGAAAGAGAGUGGGACAGAAGGUAGAUGUGUACAUUAAUAAUUCCGAAAAGCUACCGAAGCAAUUCGCGCUUGCUAAAUUAUUAAGGUCAAAUAACAUUAGUAGUGUUAGCCGGGUAAAAUAUAUAAACCCCUACAAAGUGUUCAUACAGUUUGAAAAUGCAGGAAGUGCUGAGGAGUUGAUCAAUUGCAAACCUUUGCAAGAUUUAGGUUGGAGAUGCCAAAAACCACUGGAAGUUGUUAUAUCUUACGGCGUUAUUAAGAAUGUAGAAUUGGACUUGAGUGAAAAAGACAUGUUAGAAGUUAUUUCAAGCAAUUGUGAACUGAUAGCGGUAAAACGUUUAAAACGCAGGAAUAAGGACGGUAACGGCUGGGAAGAAAGUGAGUCAAUACGUCUGGGGUUCAAGGGUCCCUCACUACCAACGUGUGUCUACAUCUACGGCAUGAAGAUAAAUGUCGACCCAUACGUGUUCCCAGUUACCCAGUGUUCCAGGUGUUGGCGAUUUGGGCACUCCUUGCGUGUUUGUCCAAGCAAAAAGGUUGUGUGCCCUAAGUGUGGCAAGGGUCACGCUAACUGUGAGACUACCUCAUAUAAAUGUGUGAAUUGUACAGGAAACCAUUUAUGCCUGGAUAGAUCGUGUCCUGCGUUUAAAAAAGAGAAACGAAUUCGUGAAUUGAUAGCAGAGUUUAACUGCUCUUAUAGGAAGGCGUUGCAAGUAUAUGUUCCGCCAGAACCCGCCCCUACACUGCGCUCAGAACGAUUUAAUUUAACUUCACCGGCAAGCCUUAGUGUGUUUCCCGAGUCUGUACCUGAACACGUACCUAAUCAGUCACAAGACAUAAACGUUAUUUCCUUAUUUCCUAUGCAAGCGUGA